AUGCCAGAAUCGGGAUAUCAGAAGAAGGGAAGCACAGGAUCGGGAGAUUUGGACCAGAACUUCGAAAUGAGAAUGGUGACCGUAUUGUUGAGCUCUUAUCUGCCGCACGACUUUUACAUGGCAACUCCAUUUUCAAGAAGAAAGAGUACCGGCAGUGGACAUAGUGGUCACCCAACGGUACGACUCAAGCGCAGAUCGACUACAUUCUCGCCAACCGAAGGUGGUACUUACUAG